GUGUGUAGUGUGGCCUGUCCAACCCCCCUCUCCUUAGCUCACCCAUUCGUGUGUGAGGGUCGCUCAAGUAACACCCCGACUAAGAGGUGUUGCUUUAAGAGAUUCAGUGAUUUGCGAAAUAGCCGAAGUUAGUGUCAGUUACAGAAAUAAUUGUGUUCACAUGUGCAUAUAUUUACAUUACAGUGUUGCAAACAGAUAAAUAUAUAUAUAUAUAUAUAUAUAUCGAAGUUUUAUAUGUAUAUACUAAAGAUAUAGAGUGAAUGAAAGACGCGAUAUACAAGUGCUUUCAAAUUCAACCUAAACUUUCCCAGGACUCAAGCGGAGACGAAAACACCAGAUGGAUAACAAAUUACUGUAGUCAUGCCACUAUUGAUUUGUAUAGCAUUGAUUCCCCCCAAAAGUCCGAUCCUUCCCCGUCUGUCAGAUAUUAACUUCAGAAAAACCAUUAUGAAGUGAAACUUUGUCUUAUCAAAUCUAAAAUAACAAUAUUUUAUAUACGAAAAAAUAUUCACUAUAAAAAUACAUAUUACAGUUAUCAUGUAGCGCGUGAAUAAGGAUAAAAACCUUAGUUGUCUAGUUUGUAUCAGUAUCAGAAUAAUGCACAAUCACUAUGUCGCUGAACGGACACAAGGGCAAGCGAAAGAGGUGCAAGAGAAAGCGGAAUUAGAACCCAAUGAAGAAGUAGCCCCGCAAGGAAAAGUUAACCAUUGGUAAGAAGUGCUCAUAUUAGUUACUCGGCGGACGUCAGAAACUUGGGGAACAAUCCUGUGUCUCUGUUGGAGGCGAUAUGGUCGCCUGGCCAGGGCAAGGGUCAUUGGUGGCCCAGAGUAACCAAUGGGCAGGCGGACAUCAGAUGGUCCUCGUGUCUCUGUUGCUCUUCGUCUCCGGGCCACGGUUACUCCUCGCUGCAAUGAUCACCUCUAAAUGGCCGGUGUCCGCCGUUGAGGGAGUUGCUGGAGCCCCUUCACAGCUGCCUUGUGUAGUGAUCCAGAAUCAACACAUAGACACACCCAUCUUGGUGCUCUGGUAUAAGGACGGUGCUCGCCGGCCCUUCUACACACUGGACCUGCGAGAGAACGGAGACAAGGAGGUCUACGCUGACCCAGAGAUUAAAGGUCGUGUGAGGUCAGAGCUCACUGGCAGCUACUUGACCUUUGACCCGCUGCAGGGGUCAGACGCCGGCAGGUACAAAUGUCGAGUCGACUUCCAGGAUGGACCAACGCUAUCUGCUCUCGUCAAUCUUACCGUAUAUGUGGUGCCAUCAAGACUGGUUGUAAAGGACGAAAACAGCAGAGCAGUGCCCGCCGGCCUCCUGGGUCCUCUCACUGAGGGUGAUAGUCUUAUCCUCUAUUGUGUCGCUUCAGGAGGCCGGCCAUCACCAAGUGUAACCUGGUGGAGAGGCUCCCAACUUCUCGCCAACCGGAGUCGCGUGUUGGAUGCUGAUGGUGCGCUAUUGUCGUCUCAGGACGUGGUGGGCGGAGGGCGGUUGAUGAGCGUGGGCGUGGGCGCCAUGCACGUGAGGACGGAGCUCACCAUCCCCGCCCUCACUAGGGACUAUGCCCGAGCCAAUCUUACCUGUAAAGCUUCCAACAAUAACAUCACCGAGGCCCUCUCAACCACUAUAUCUCUCGAUGUGUAUUUGCGGCCGUUGUCGGUGGUGGUGAAGCCUCCGGAGAAGCUGCUGGUGGAGGGCCGACCUACGCGGCUAGUCUGUGUUGCAUCCGGUGCCUAUCCCUCCGCGGACAUCUCUUGGGAGAAGACACAAGCCGGCAAGGCUGUCACCCUCGAAGCUUCGUCGCUAGUGGUCGGAGACACAACCUCUUCACACUUGAACCUGAUACCUGAAGCGAGCGAUCACGGUGCUAAGUUCAUCUGCAGGGCUAGAAACCCCAACAUCCCUGGCCAGGAUAUAUAUACGUCCACGGUCCUACAGGUCACAUACGCGCCACGGGUGAAGCUCAGACUUGGGGCCAACUUGGGAGAUCGACCCAUCACUGAAGGCGUCGAUGUUUACUUCGAGUGUGAAAUCUCCUGCAAUCCUCCGGCCAGAGACGUGGUGUGGCACAAGGAUGUCAGCCAGGGACUAUGGAACGCUCUCCUGCUGGGCUACGAACUCUGUCGGUACUCAAGCUGAUCCAUGCAUGUUUACUGUGAUCGAAGCAGGGCCUCCGGAAAGAGUGGGAAACUGCAUUUUGGUGAACCUAACCGUGGGCACCUUAGAAGUAGGCUGCACUCCUGGCAACGACGGUGGGCUUCCUCAGCGCUUCGUAGCACGGGUCUACACCUCCCCUACGCACACCUUAUUAGCGACGAUGGAGGAGGAUGACCCGAGGUUUCACGUAGAGGGCCUGACUCCAGGGCAAGACUACCUCAUUACCAUCACAGCUGUCAACGCCAAGGGCGCCAGCGAGCCGGAGGAAAUUGAUGCCAUUCGACUCAAGGUAGCAGAGAAGAGAAUGGGGGAGGUAGCAGCGCCUCCCAUGUCUCCUCUGGUGGGCGUGUUCCUAGGUUUAGUGGGCGGAUUCGUGCUGUUGCUACUGGCAGGAAUCCUACUCACUAGAGUCCGCUCCAACAAAUGCAGCUGUAUUAUACAUCGAGAUCGAAACGUGGGCGGCGGAGGGGGUCAGGCUACUACGACCGCGAAAAUGUGUUCGAGCGGGCGGGGCCUGAACGCUCGGUCUACCCAGGACGAAGACGAAGACGACGACGACGAAGAGGGACCGGACGUAGUGAAAACAGCCAACGAGACGGCGCAGCUCCUGGAGGGACAAAAGUGUCCUGAAAUCGUUCCAACGAGAAGACCUCAGUCCUAUACGCACCCAUCGGCAAUAGCUCCGUCAGGUUCCAGUGAAACACCUCAGCUGACUCCGAACGGAACAGGUGGCCGGGCGCUCUAUAGGGACGCUGGGAGCCCUCACCAUCUGGGUCGUGACGAGAGCUUCGUGUAACUGUGACAAACGAUAUUGUGUAUCGUGGACUGUACAGAUCCACCUGGAACACCUACAGAAGAAGUGGUAGUGGGUGGCCAAGACCAGAUGGUCAGCACAUCCAUACGGGUGACAUCUGAAGCUGGCCUAGAGGCGACAGCACAUCCAUACGGGUGACAUCUGAAGCUGGCCUAGAGGCGACAGCACAUCCAUACGGGUGACAUCUGAAGCUGGCCUAGAGGCGACAGCACAUCCAUACGGGUGACAUCUGAAGCUGGCCUAGAGGCGACAGCACAUCCAUACGGGUGACAUCUGAAGCUGGCCUAGAGGGACAGUCGGUCACUCACGUAUUUUGUCUCUCUGAAGGCAUCGGCAAAACUGGAAUUGAUGAUAAUCGUCCGUAUCUGCCCUCUUUGGACAUCUGCAGUAACAGAGACGGCUUCGGCCACAGCAGUAACAUAAUUCGGGACAAGUGCGCAUGUGAACACCGAACUGAUAAGCGAGUUUCGGGGAAAAGAUGGCUGUGUGUUUCACCCAUAUACAUGGAGUAGAUGUAUAACAGACUCACGUGGAAUGUGUAUAUAUAAUACAAAUGUGGGAUUGUGCAUAACGCGUUCUACGAAACGGUGUUUACGUACCAACACACAUUGCCAUGAGCCAUACAAUCAUUGCAGCGCCAGCUGGUCUUUAAGCGACCAGCAAUGGAACUUUGGUGCGACGUAACGAGGAAUCAGUGCUCCUUAAGGAAAUAAACGGGUGAUAAUUGUGUUGAUAUUACAAGACUCUUGAGUGUGUGUGUGCGCGUGUCGACGCUGUUCAACGCGCGGAGCCUCUUUUACACUGCCACAAGUAUCGCGUGAAGAAGAGACAAAGACACCACCUAGACUGAGUCAUAGAGUCCCUACAGGAUUGUCUUUUUUGACGUAAUCUUUGACACCGAAGUCGUCGAAGUGAUGAUUAGAUAAUGAAGUUCAUGCCAAUCACAGAUGAAUAAAACAAAAUCAUUAUGUUAAUGGGGAGCCGUCUAUAAUAUGGUGAUUAUAUUAUACAUA